CUCGGCCCCGGCUCCUCGCGCUUCUCCGCCUCGCUCCUCUCCGGGGGCUCCCGCGCCGCGCUGGCCACCACGGUGUUGCUGCAGGGAGCCUCUGGGAGUCCAAGGGUGGAGAGAUCUGCCUUCAUCUGAAGAUCUCUGCUAAAGGUAAAGACCUCCUAACGGGCCAGACAGCCUUAGCAGGAGUUCAGAAGCCUUACACCAAGAAUCCUUUAGAGCAUUACAUUCCCCUAUUCGGAGUGUGGACAAGUGUUUGGCAUUCUGCUUCUACAGAUCGCUGCCGCUCGUGGAGCGCAGAGGGGACGGCGAGACUCCCGCAUCUUUCAGCGAGAAGAAAGGAGCCAGCGGAGCAGACUAAUACGGACUUGUGUCGGGUGCCCUUGCACUACAAAGGCUGCCUUUAAAAGAGGAACGCAGUGCUAUUUAAUGAGCUGUGAGAUGAGGCACUGCUGCUAACGCUCAGAUCCCAGGAUUCAUCGGCUAUUCGUUGUGCUUAAUGUACAUGUUUCUGCACCGUGCAUUUAGGAGAUCCCAGAGAAGAAUCCAAAACGGCUGCGGGGGAAAGACCACCAAACAUGCCUACAGAAACAUUACCGACAGGUAGCAUGGUGAAGCCGGUCAGCCCUGCCGUGACUUUCACAUCUGCCGUUCCUCUCCGCAUCCUGAACAAAGGACCUGACUAUUUUCGCAGGCAGGCGGAGCCUAAUCCAAAAAGACUGAGUGCGGUGGAGAGGCUCGAAGCCGACAAGGCAAAAUACGUCAAGAGCCAGGAGGUCAUCAAUGCCAAGCAGGAGCCUGUGAAGCCGGCAGUGCUGGCGAAGCCACCGGUCUGUCCUGCAGCCAAGCGAGCGCUGGGGAGCCCCACCUUGAAAGUCUUCAGCAACAAUGCAAAGACUGAGAGUGGAGUCCAGAGAGAAAAUCUGAAACUUGAGAUUUUGAAGAACAUCAUCAACAGCUCUGAAGGCUCCAGCUCGGGUUCAGGGCAUAAGCACGGUCCCCGAAAUUGGCCACCCCACAGGGCCGACUCGACAGAGCUGAACCGACACUCGUUUGCGGAAUCCUUGAAGGUUUACCCCACGCAGGGCCGGAGCAGCCCACAGGAGAGCAGCUCCAAUGUCAGCAGAAGGCUCCUAGAUCAGUCAGCAGAGACUUUCUUGCAUGUCUCUCACAGCUCUUCAGACAUUAGGAAAGUAACUAGUGCAAAGCCCUUAAAAGCAAUACCCUGCAGUAGUUCAGCCCCACCUCUGCCUCCAAAGCCCAAAAUCGCUGCCAUUGCCACCCUGAAAUCCCCAGAGAUUGAGGCAGUCGAGUCUGGAUGCGGAGUUAGUAGAAGACCCUCCCUACAGCGAUCAAAAUCAGACUUAAGCGACAGAUACUUUCGCGUUGACGCAGAUGUUGAACGGUUCUUUAACUACUGCGGACUGGAUCCUGAAGAGCUUGAAAACCUUGGGAUGGAAAACUUUGCAAGGGCUAAUUCUGAUAUUAUAUCCCUCAACUUUCGCAGUGCAAGCAUGAUUAGCUCAGACUGUGAACAGUCUCAGGACAGCAACAGUGACCUUAGAAAUGAUGACAGUGCCAAUGACCGUGUGCCAUAUGGCAUUUCUGCCAUUGAAAGGAAUGCCAGAAUCAUCAAGUGGUUAUAUAGCAUCAAGCAAGCUAGAGAGUCACAGAAAGUGUCCCAUGUGUGAGAGAGAAAUCCACCAUAAAAAAAAACAAAAAAACAAGGACUGUAUCUUUGUCUGUGAAUAUUCAGUUUGUGAAGGGUUGUGAAGUCUACUUGAAGUCUUGUACCCUUCUCAAAUCUCUUUGUGUUGCUUGUUGUGCAAUGUUUCCAAGUUGCAUGCCUGUCAACAUGUGAGCUGACCUGGCUUCCACUUGAACAAUAACUAACUACAAAGCCUGGCUGAGCAUACACAUUAUCUGCCAAAAGUUUAAGACAAGAAUCUGAUUAGGGCUUCAGUAUAAUCAAAGUGUUUACAUGGAAAGGUUAUAUGACUUCUUUGGUAUUUAUGUGGUUCCUUGUGGAUUUUAUAUAUGUCACUUUUUGUCUUAAUACAGAUGUUGUCAACUGACAUUACUCGUUUCUAAGUUGAAAGAGAAUCCCUUUGGGGGGAGGAAAAGUGGAAUUGGCCAAAAUAUGAGGUUUAGGCAUAUGACGAUAGGCAAAGCAGCCUUAUCUCUUGUAGAAAGUGCAUUAUUGGCACACAAAAGCUGUUUCUAAAAGGCGAAGAAUGCUAUGUUCUUAAAUUAUGUAUCGUUGUUAAAAUAUAUAUCCCUACUUGUAGUAAGGCACUGUUCAGUAAGUUUCUUUUUCCUAGGUAAGCUCCCUCUGUUUUACAGCAGAAGUAGUCUAGUGAAUCUGCUUGACCUCUCAUAAACUAAAUGAGUCUUGCAUUUGGGUUGGUGCAAGCAUUUUAAUGAUUUUGUAUUAUACCAGUUGGAAAAGCUUAAAGAAGGUUGGAGUCAGCAGAUGAAAAUGGCACAGGUGCAGGAUUUUGUGGGUUUGAUAUUUACUCAAAGAUUCCUGGUCUUAAACUUUUGACAGGAAUAAUUAGAUCCUAUAGCUGAUAUUGAAUGCCUUUAUUAGUCAAAACACAUCAUGACUACAAACUCCAUGCUGUCUUAAUUUUUUUUUUUGUAGACCUAUUUGAACAGUUAAUGAACAAAAAUGGAAACACACAGCCAUAUCAAUAUAACACCUCCUAUUCAGAAGUAAAUACACCCAGUAGCUGAACUAUAUCUGAAAAAAAUGUGAUUAUGUUGUCUUGCAUAUGUUAUAUCUAAGGCUGUGAAAGUUUGUUCCAGCUCUAGGAAAGUGUAGAAACAUGACAGUAUGUAGCUUUUCUUUUCUUUUUUUUUUUUCCUCCUUAAGAUGGUUAGUGCUGCGGAUCAACCUGUUACAAAUCUUUCAACAACCUGUCUUCCCAGUGAUUUAAUUAAUUGUCAUUUCAACUGACAGUGGUGGUGUGGUAGUGGAGAAGUUGAAAGUACAGUGGUCUGCUUCAUUAUUAUUGUAUUCACGCUUUGAAGUAAAUUGCAGCACUACCUUAUACUACAUCAGCUAAUAGGAAACUUUUUUAUUGUGUAAAUGCUGUAAGACUUUGUAUAUACUUCAGUUGUUACAAAAUCUUUAAAAGGAAGAGUGUUAUGCUAAUAAAUAGCUCCUGGUGCAGGUAUGGUAGGGUUUUUUUGUUCUUAUUUUCACCCCUCCCAUUCUUAAAACUGUAACAGGAACUCAAUUGCAGUGUGUUUUAGUGCUGUAGAAGGUCUUGGUUAAAUAAUAGUUCCAGUAAAAGGUUUCUUUUACUAAAGUGCUUUUCAGAAUAUAAUUUUUUAUAAAAUAACUAUAGCAGCAUGAUCUGUCUGAAGAACUAGAAGAGAUUUUCAAGACUCCUAAAAUAGCUUGCUUCUUCCUUACCUAGCAAUGUUACUGUUCCCGUUUAUAGCAUCUGUUCGUAAUGAAUCACCGCAGUCUUCUGAAUUAUUCUUCAGUAGUGCUUAUUUAUAUAUUUGAAUAUUAAAGAUGUUUUACAAAGUCGGGUUCUAUCUUUUCUCUGAGAAGCCUGUAGCCCAGCUUCUUAUAGAUAGCUACAGUUAGUGCAGGCAAGACUGGAAGCGGAGCCAUGCAGUCAUUUGUUUCCUAUGGAAUUAUCCUACAUCCAGUUUUAUAUAAUUGUUCUCUAAAUGUUUGUUCAUGGAGGGGGAGAAGCACACAUUCAGUUUCAGCACACAUUCAGCUUCAGGAGGCUACUCUAUGAUUUUUUACAGUUGACUUCACAACCUAAGACUUACAACAUUCCUAGCUCAG